UGCAAACUCUUUGGCUUUCCACCUUGAGACUUCUCCUUGCAUUUAUCCAACAAAGGGUUGAUUCGGUGGAAUCUUUUCACCGAAUCGGAUUCAAUGUUGCUACGGAUUAGCCUCUCCAGAUUUGUUGGUAUGGGGGUAACCUACCAAUUCAGCAACCCGUCUCGAGCGACCAUAGUCAAUAAGUAUCAGUUACUUCAAGUCUUUGGUGACAAAAACGGUGUCUGCCUUUGGAUCUUAAUGGCGAAGGCCUUUUCGGUAAUAAAGAACACCGCGGAAUGCUGAGUAUGGCUAGCCAGAGACCGCAACAAAGACGAUUGUGCCAGCC